AUGGAAAUAAAUGAAAAAGAAAAUAAUGUGACUGAUGAAAUAAAAAAUAAUAAUAAUGGUAUGUACUAUAUUUUUUAAUUAUUAUUAAAAUUUUUAAGUAGAAGUAGAAUUAAAAAAAUAUUUGUACAUAAUAUGAUGAAGCACAUUAUUAAUUUUAAUAUUAAUUCAUGGGUUCACCUCUUUUCAAAUAUGUCUAUAUUACUUUUUCAUAUAUGUUUUAUAAAUAUAUUACUUUUUCAUAUAUGUUUUAUAAAUACUAAAAUUUGUAUGCUACUUUAUACACUUAUGUACUUUUUCAUAUAUGUUUUAUAAAUACUAAAAUUUGUAUGCUACUUUAUACACUUAUGUAUCAAAAUAAUUAAAAUAUGUGUUUAAAAAAAACAAAUUAAUUAAAUUCAUAUUUUGAUAUUUAGAUAAACCUUAAAAUGAAUUAGAGAAAAAUAAUAAAAACGAAAAAGGACUAAUGAAAAUAAAUGAAAUCUCAUUUCAAAACGAACUUUCAAAUAGUUAUAAUGAUGCUAUCUUUAUCAAAUUUUAUACCACCACCAUCAAAUAUUUCAGCAGACAUAAAAUUUAAAUUUUGGAAAAAUCAUCCUAUUCAGCCAUUUUUAAAAGUAGAAAAAUUGAAUUUAGAAAAAAAUUAUCCAAUGGGGAUGUAAUAAAUAGGAAAUGGAUUUCAUUUUCAGUCGAAACUAAAUUAUUUUAUUGUGCUACAUGUAUGACAUUUUCAGUUGGUUCUAAAUCAAAAUUUAUUUCUGGUUAUAACGCUUUAGCAAAAUCUGACCAUUCAUCAAAAUGCUGCAAAUGCAGUUUUUCUUUGUAAUUUGGAAAAUGAUAUAGGUAGUUUAAUAAAUCAAAAUUUCAUUAUGAAAUGUGCAAAAAAAAAUAGAUCAGUGUAGAAUGGUACUCAAUAGAUUGAUAGACAUAGCAUUAUUUAUUGGAAAACAAAAUAUAGCAUAUAGAGGAAAACAUGAAGGAGCUCAUUUAUUAAACGAUUGA